AUGUCGAAAAUUGGAGUCUUUCCCGCCUCAGGCGGCCUAGGAGGAAGUGUAGUGCAACACCUCCAAACUCUAGUCCCAGCAUCAGAACUUAUCCUCAUCGCACGAAACCCCUCCAAAUUAUUCGAUGCCAAAAAAGCAGGCGCAACAAUUCGACAAGCGGACUACGAUAGUCCAUCCAGUUUGGAAAAUGCAUUCGAUGGAGUUCAUAGCCUAAUGUUAAUUUCAUAUGCGUCUUUCGAAAUCGAUCAUCGAGUUAAAGUCCACCGCCACGCGAUCGACAUGGCUAUAAAAAGCGGCGUUAAGCACAUUUUCUACUCAUCUCUCGCCUUUGCGGGAACUUCUGAUAAAAGUGUCGCGCAUGUUAUGGGCGCUCAUCUUGCUACAGAGGAGUAUCUUUCCAAAUUAACGGAAAUCACAUAUACGAUUAUUCGGGAAGGGAUCUACUCCGAGUCUUUCCCUAUCUAUACAUCGUGGUUCGAUCUCCAGAACCCAGUUGAUGAAAUCACUAUUCCCCACGACGGGAACGGGGCUGGUGUUGCGUGGGUCAAGCGUGAUGAAUUGGGAGAAGCGACUGCGAAGAUUAUCGCUUCGCAUUCGCGAGGUUCUUCGUUCAAGUAUGUGAAUAAAGUGGUCUUACUUUCUGGGCAGAGAGUUAUCUCGUUGGCGGAGACGGUUGAGAUUUUGGGCCAUGCAAUCGGGAAGGAUGUUCGACUUCGAGAGAUUGGGAUUGAGGAGUAUGUGGCGCUUCCUCAUGCCGGGAGACAUACUUAUCGUGGAGUGGAUCUGUCAAGGGAGUGGGCGUCAGCGUGGGAGGCUAUUAAGGCUGGCGAGACGGCAGUUGUGUCAAGUGAUAUCGUUGAUAUUCUCGGACGAGAGCCGGAGCGGUAUGAGGAUACUAUUAGGAGUCUUGCAGCAUAG